AUAAUCUUUGCUUGGAAUCGAUUUAUGUAAAUAUCUAAGCAUAUCCAAUGAGAUCUAAAGAAUUUUUGAGUUGGGUGAAUAUUUCAACAAAUUAUAAAGACGCCUAACUAAAUUACAAUCGAAUUUUAUUGGUUUCUUUGGAUAUCCACCCCUUUUAGAGCUAGGAUUAUUAAAAAUCUAUGUAAAUUUUCUUCUUCCUUUUUUUUUGUUUUCUACAUCUUUAUGGAUCUUUGAAUUAGGGCUUUUUUAAUCUUCAACGCCUAAGAAACAAUCUUCCAUCACCUACAAAAUCAGUUUCCUGAUUGAUUUGCAACUAAAAUAUACCAAUUACAUAAAGAUGGUCAGGUGAGUGAUGAACUAUAUUCUUUGAGUCAAGGUCCUGCUAAAGAAUGUUUGAGUUACAAUGGCUACAUCAUCAACGACUUUAGAUUUCAUACAAGAUAGUGGGAGAGUCGACGAAAUUCACAGAAUAGUGGACUUUGUGUCCCUCGGGAAGACGAAGGCGUAGCUGAAGAUGAAAAUGAUUUUUAUGGAGUUGUGAAUAAUAUUAUCGAGGCACGGUAUGUGGGUCAAUUCCGAGUUCUUCUUUUCAAAUGCGAUUGGCGGCCGAUUGCAGGAACAGAUGAGCUUGGAUUUACUAGUGUCCAUAUGAAUAGAAGAUAUUAUGUGAAUGAACCGUUUAUUUUAGCAUCUCAAGCACAACAUGUUUUCUGCAUCAAGGAUGUAUAUAAUCAACAAAAGGAACUGGUUAUAAAAACGCAACCUCGUCGGUCUUUCAAUAUUCCAGAAGAAGAUUUCGAUGGGGAAUCUGAAAUAGAAACCUCAAGAUCUGGUGAAGCAUAUCAAGAAUGGCAUUCAAGUUAUUUGAUGAUAGAUCUAGGAGGAGUGCCACAUCAGGAUCUCAGUGACAGUUUUGUUUGGGAUAGGAACGACGUUCCACCCGAAACUAUCAGUCGUGCUGCAGCAGUAGCUUGUCGAAGCCAAGAAGAUGGAGAUGAAGCUGACAUUAAUGCCGUUUACACCUCUGAUGAAGAGGAUGAGUAUGAAUUUGAUGAUAAUAACAACCGUGAUGAUAUGGAAUUUUAAUAAUGGGAGUAUUAUUUCAUUUUAUCGAUCUAAUAAAAGUUUUUCCCUUUGUGAUGCUUAGAUUAUUUUGAAUUUAAGUUUAAUCUAUGAUGAGUUAGUUACCUCAUGCUUGUCAUACUCAAAAAGGUGCUGGUGCAAAGCAUAAUGAUCUGGAUAAUCUUGGCAAGGAUACUUGUUAUCAUAUAUUUUCUGAGAUGCUUGGUAGCCGGUCCAUUGGAGAUUAAUUCAAAAGUAGCAGUUAUUUUAUGGGCAUGGGAGCUUCUCACACAGGUAUUGCAGGUCCAAAGAAUUGAUAAUACUCACCCGUGGUGUUGGUGUUGUUUAAGAUUUCUGCGAAAUACUUGUUACUGGAAUGGAAAUACUAGAAGUCAUAGAACGGGUAAGUUGUGGAGUACCUCAGGCACCCAGGGAAGUUUGCAUGCCUUGGAGAAAAGCUGCUCAAGGAUGAAUUUCCAAGACUUUACUUUGAAUGGAAAGAGGUGGAUAGACUGCCAAGAGACAAUGAUGCUUUCACUGCAGGAGACCAAAAGUUCAUAGACUUUGCGAGUCGGGAUUUAGAACCAAGGAAGAAAAUUGUGUCCUUGUAAAGAUUGCAAUAACAAUAACAGAUAUCUUGUGUCUGAAGUGCACGGACAUAUUAUGUGGAAAGGGUUUAUGCCGGGAUGUCGGUCGGAUAUACCAUGGAGAAGGGAAGGACGACAAGGUGGGGGAAACUACCGAUACUAGAAAUGUGGUGCAGGACGACGACGACGAAAUGUUUGAUUUGCUGCAAGAAAUGAACUAUGACUCCCCCAAUUUUUACAAGUUUCUGAAAGACGCACAGGUGUCACUACUCGCUGUUAGGACUUUUUCUCACUGCAAAAGUUGAGUUACGAAACUAUUCCGACAUCAGGUACUUCCUAUUUGGGAAGACAGGACAGUUCAAACUGUUAUUCUUUGUAAACUUUUAAGAGUCUUUCAUGAUUCCUAUUUUUAAUCUUUUGUAAAAGAUUGUUUUUCUUGAACCAUUUCCAUGAAUGAUAAUUUAACCGGAGUGCUGUAAGGAUCUAAGCUGCACAUUUCACUCUGAAAA